AUGGCACGCCGCUCAGGUUAUCCCGCCACUUCUGCUGCUGCUUCCACAACCAACUUCCACAACACCCUAUCCCCUCAGUCUUCGAUAAUUCUCUCGAAUGAACCACCAUCCUCUACGCCACGCGUGACUCGCAAGGUCAAGUAUGACUUACCAGAAAUCGGCAAGCACAAGGCUGUCAUCCCCUGGGUCGAGAUGGCUAGCGGCGUCUAUCGCAACAGCGACCUUGUCCGCACGCUCUCUCGUGUGUUUGCGAUCUCCGAUUUCAACCUCACCGAGUCCACCGUCGUCUUUGCUGAUGGUGAGCCCAAGGAUUGCUACCCGCGUGCCACCGUUCCCACUGGUGGCGUCGAGCUCUUCGUCUCCACCCCCGAGCUCAUGAAGGCCGCCGUGACGUACCUGCUCGACCCGCGCUGCGCUGUCGACAUCUCCCGAGCGCGCAAGCUCAAUCUCCUGCAACGCGGCGCGCCCGGGCCCAACGAACACAACCCCGCCGUCGCCGCCGCGCUGGUGCGCAAGAUGCACAAAACCCUCGAGAGCCUGAACAUCUCGUCCCCCUGGCUCGACGGCCGGAGGAUGAUGGGCUGGUCCCCUCUCUCGCUUGCGCCCUCCUUGCGCUUCCUGCGCUUCACGUUCGACCGCCACCGCGACCGGCGCUACGCCCCCGAAGUCCUGCGCGAGGUCUUCCGGGACCUGACGCACGCCAUCCCACUCGAAGAACUCUACGUCGAGCUCACGCUGCCACUCGCGGCACCGCCCGAGCUGCACUAUCUGGGCCAGCCGGCACCCAAGAAUGACGACAACGACCUCAGCCAAGAGCCGAAAUGGAGGGCGUUCGCCAUGACUCUUGGGGCGAAAACAAAAUUCUUGAAGAACUUCAAGGGCGCUGACAUCGUGGUGAUCGGCGAAGGCGCGGACAACCUGGAGGAGUGGCUCGAUGAUCUGAAGAAAAGGGAUAUGGUCACGGUUUGGCGGGAGGGCACCAUUGACCCCGAUCAAUGGCAGUUUUGA